AUGAAUCAUUGGAGUACGUUCGUGGUAACGGUGGUGUUUUUCGCCAUAGUGAUGGCGAAUAUUGACGGAUUGGUGUAUAACGUUUGUACGAGUGACGGUCCCCAUGGUAUAAAUUCUCUCCUUUCACAGAAUCUCUCAUACACUGGCGUUAGCAUAAAAAUCCUAAACAUCAACCCAUCGGGCAGUCUCGACAUCCAAGUUUCAUCUAAAAAGAAAAUCAAAGAUAUCGUAUUGUGGGCAGAAUAUAGGGGAAAGUCCAAGAAGGAACAACACAUUGGUACGUUCAGGUCGAUCGUUGGGCAUGCUUACAUAGAAGGAUGUGAUGGGCCAUUCAAUUCAACGAUCACUAACUAUGAAGAUCUUGUUAACACCUCGCAAAUAAUAUAUGAAUGGGAUCCACCACCGGGGACAAAGGUAGCUCUUAAGCAUGGUAAAAAGAAACCUCACCAUGUACAUAAACCUUUUCCCGGAGAAAAGGGUCAUAGACAUCAUCAUCAUCAUAAGGACAAGAAAAAGCACAAAAGACCUCAUCACGGGAAUUACAAAAAACACCACAAAAACAAAAAGCAUCAUCACCACAAAUCCCAUCAUCAUCACAAAUCCCAUCAUACACACAAAUCCCAUCAUCACCGUAUAAUCGACAAAUUCACAUUCAAAGGCCUGGCAUUCCUCGAAGGCGAAUCCGUCAAAUUUCACGUGUUCACAUUGGACAAACCAAUAUACAUUCAAGGAAGGUUUUCCCCUUUGGACGUAUCUCUGACAGAUCCUUCCACAUUGUCGGAAGGAGAAAGUACAGAUACCGAGGUGUACGUUAGCUCGUUUGAUAGUCAGCCAACAUCAAGUUCGCAAAGCAGUAAAGUUUGGAAUGGAAGAGGAAUGACGGCGAUAAGUUUUUUGAUAGCAGGGAUGCUGAUCUUGUAG